CGAACAACUGGAACCGGAAACAGCCCGCGACCAUUCCACACCACCUGCCUCGAGGUACAACCCCACCUGUGCAUGCGCACCCAUACCCCCUAAUAAAGGUACUUUGACUGCCAGUCACGCACACGACCUUGCGCUCGCAUUGUUCUCGCAGCACCAUGUCGUCGUACCUGAACAACCUCCUCACCAAUACUACGUCACGGUACACCAAUCUGCGCCGGCAGCUGCUCUCAGACGAGAACGACGGAGACACAGAAGAAGACUCACACAUUUCUCGAGUCCUUCGCGCAUACUACACCGAAAAAGGCCGCCCUUUUCCACAAUGGCUUCCGCCCGACCCACGAGCCCCGCAACCGCAGCCGGCGCAGCAAUUUGUGUCCUCAGCAGGGCGACAGCAAGGCCAGGGUGCGCCUAUGGGACGUGGAGGAGGAGGGCUGAGUGAUCUAUGGGACAACCCGGCGCCACAGCAACAAGCACAGGAGCCUCUAUCAUUGCGCCGUGGCGCAGGAGCAAGAGGAGGGGGGGCACGACCGCUUCAGAGUCACAUGAGCAGCUCCUUGACACCAGAACCACAAAGCCAGGGCAGGCCGUUGCCGAGCCAAAGAGUUGGAAGCUACCAGAGCUCCCUUGCAACUGGAGGACGUCCAGGAGCCGACCCUUCCCCACCACCGAGCGCAGGAUCAGGCACAACAGCGCAGGAGAGGCUCAAGCAGCGUCUAUGGGGAUCAGGAAGGUCAACAAGUCCGGCGCAAAGCACAUCAUCAGUGGGUUCAGGGCCGCCGGCAAGAGGCUCGUACGAACGACCUGCACCAGGUGGCCGACCACCAUACCCCGAUGAGCGUACCUACUCAGCUGGCAGUAGCGGUGGAGGAAGACAGCAGCCCUCAUCCGGAGACUACGACCCGUAUGCAGCUGGCAACUAUGGCGGCGGCGCACCACAGCGUGCUCCGCCAGGUGGAGGACGUGUCGGUCUGCCGAGCGGACCGCGCUUGCGUUGAGCUUCUUUGUACAUAUAGCAAUGGCGCAUUUGGAGUUGCAGUGCAUUCACGGGUUUGCAUGUUGCAUAGUCUGCGACUCGGCAGCUCGGCGUUCGGGGUCACUUGUGGAGUAUACAGUUGCUUUGUGCCGGCUAUACGUAGCAGACAAUAUACGACAUGCGCAG